AUGUCCGCUCCUCCUGUCCUUCUUCUGCUGGGUGCCGGACCCAACCUUGGCACAAAGAUCCCCAGUGUCUUCUCUGAAGCAGGCUACAAGAUUGCACUAGUAGCACGGUCUCUAGGGGAAGGAAUUCAAGAAAACGGAUACUAUCACGUUCGAGCCGAUUUCAGCCAGCCUGAAUGCAUACCAGAAGUGUUUGAAAAGGUCAAACAGAACGUCGGAAUACCCACCGUGGUAGUAUACAAUGCUGUCCAAUACAAACUGGAUGAUGCUGCUGAUCCCUUGGCUUCUCUUGCCCCGGAAAGGGUGUCUCAAUUCCACACCGCGAUGGCCGUGAACGGGACCACACCUCUCAUCGUCAUACAUCACGCCAUCGCCUCGUUCCGAGCUCUCCCUUCCGAUACCAAAGGCAAGACAUUUAUCUUUACUGGGAACAUCCUCAAUCGAUCUGCAUUCGUAAAUAGAUUCUGCUUUGGGACUGCAAAGGCGACAUGUGCGUACGGAAUCAACUUUGCUUCGGUGAUUUAUGCGAAGGAAGGAUUUAGGUUCUAUUACGCCGAUGAGCGCACACCGGCGGGUGUGCCUGUAAUGCGAGAAAUCGACGGAAUGGCUGCUGGAAGAGUUUAUCUUGAAAUUGCAGAAUCUCCCGAACAGCGACCCUGGCAGUAUACUUACACUAAGGAUGGCGUUUAUGAAAACUUUGGGGAGAAAGAUUACCUAAAAGUAAGGCAGGACAAGGAGCCUGAGUUCCUGAAAGGAGGAAGAGACUGA